AGAACCGGCCACUCACCGCACAGAAAUGUAGGGCAUUUGUAUCCGUGAAGGAGGGGGUAAAAACCGGACCGGGUGAAGUUUCACUUUAGAAAGCACCUAAGUUGACAGCUGGCGAAGUUAUUCAAUGGCAUGCCACGUAGAGAAAACUAAAAUAAUUGAUUAGAUCCAUGCGAUAUUGCAAUUUUGGCUGUCUAAACAACGUUGUACUACGCGAGUAAAUUAUAGGAACCUUCCAUUAGCUCUCAAGUGUCACUCGGAACUAUUUCUUAACCGGACCACUAAAACAUAUAGCCUCAAAACGAUGAAGAUGUUAUGAAGAAAAUUACCGUUUAAAUGAUAUCGUACGUAGUUUGCAAUUCAAUUAUAUCAGAGACGUGAAAUAUACAACUCCAGGAGAAGUGUGAAGUAUAUAAGUAUGGAGUCGGGGCGACGGAAAGGUCUCAGCGGGGUCCUGUCCUCCUUGUCACUGCUCUGUGUCAUUCUGGACCUCCAGUUGGACGGUGUCUUGGGGGCAACUCAUGUGGAGAUUGAGCAGCACUUGGAGAUGGGCCGUAAACUGUUGGCUGCCGGUCAACUGGCGGAGGCCCUGUCCCACUACCACUCUGCAGUGGAGGGUGACUCUAAGAACUACCUGACCUACUACAAGCGGGCAGCUGUGUUCCUGGCUAUGGGAAAGUCCAAGUCUGCCCUGCCGGAUCUGACCAGAGCCAUCCAGCUCAAACCUGACUUUCUCGCUGCCAGACUGCAGAGAGGGAAUAUCUUCUUGAAGCAGGGUAACACCCAGGAGGCCCGGGAGGACUUUGAGGCUGUGCUGCAGCGAUCCCCUGACCAGGACGAGGCGCGGAACCAGCUUAUGAGGGCCAACGAGCUUGAGGAGCUGCAGGAGGAGGCCCACGCGGCCCACCACAGAGGAGACUACAGCACCACCAUCACUGUGCUAGACCGCGUCGUAGAGCUCUCCCCCUGGGACCCUGAGUCUCGGGAGCUCCGGGCUGAGUGCUACAUUCGUCUGGGAGACCCUCGGAAGGCCAUCCAAGACCUGACCCCCACCACCCGGCUGAGGAACGAUAACCGAGGUGCCUUCCUCAAGCUCAGCACCCUGCACUAUGACCUGGGGGAGCACCAGGAGUCACUAGGUCAUGUCAGGGAGUGUCUGAAGCUGGAUCAGGAUGACAAGGAGUGUUUAUCCCGUUACAAACAGGUAAAGAAGCUCAGCAAGCAGCUGGACUCUGCCGAGGAGCACAUCCAGGAGGAAAGGUAUCAGGAUGCCAUAGACAAGUAUGAGUCUGUGAUGAGGACCGAGCCUAAUGUCCUCUACUACACCAAUAAGGCCAAGGAGAGAAUCUGCUUCUGCCUGGUCAAGAACAAGAUGCCUGCUAUGGCAAUAGACAUUUGCUCCGAGGCCCACCAGAGAGACCCACGCAACAUCAAUAUCCUCCGAGACAGAGCUGAGGCCUUCAUCCUCAACCAGGACUACGAGAAAGCGGUGGAGGACUACCAGGAAGCGAGGGAGUUUGACAUGGAGAACAAUGAGAUCAGGGAAGGUCUGGAGCGAGCCCAGAAACUGCUCAAGCUCUCCCGGAAGAGGGACUAUUACAAGAUCCUUGGUGUCAAUAGGAGUGCCAACAAACAGGAAAUAAUCAAGGCGUACAGGAAACUGGCCCAACAGUGGCAUCCUGACAACUUCAGAGAGGAGUCGGAAAAGAAGGAGGCAGAGAAGAGGUUUAUCGACAUCGCCUCUGCUAAAGAGGUGCUCACCGACCCAGAAAUGCGCCAGAAGUUUGACUCUGGUGAGGACCCCCUGGACCCAGAGAGUCAACAGGGAGGCGGUCAGGGUGGCCAGGGAUGGCCCUUCCACUUCAACCCCUUCGAGUCUGGCGGCAACUACAACUUCAAGUUCCACCACUAGUGAGGAUGAGACAAGAAACAUGGGUGGUGGGGGGGGGAGCUGACUGACGGAACCAGGAAGGAUUUACAAUUGGAGGAUUUUAGGGUUUAUGACAACCCGUGGAGUAACUGGUGGACGUACCCAGGGGUUGGGGGAUUCAGGUUGGAUGUGGGGUGUUGUGGGUAAUGUAGUGAGACAAUGGGGAUGUGAAUGACACUGUCAAAGGCAUUGGACUACUACUAUACCGCGAGGGGUUGAGUUGUACAGUUAAACUUUCCUACAUGGAUGAAACUAAGUGACAAUGUUGUCGGCUGUUGACUCGAGUGGUCGAAGACGCGCAAAUAAAGUCCUACAUUGGUGCGCUGUUCAGUCCUCCCAACUUGGCCCAGUCAGUUGAUCCUGUCAUUGCAUCAUAUGUUAUUUUUCUUUGGUGUCUGCUGCUGCUUUUACUUUUGCUUGGUAUUUCUUCCAUUUUUCG